AUGAAGAAUAAGUAUGGAGAUGGUGCGGAAUUAUUCCUGUGUGAUCUGGAACGGGCGUUGAGGAAAGGGACAGAGGGCUUGCGUGGGGAGGAAGAAUCUAUUGUCGGUGAUGGAGAUGGGGAUGUGGACGACGAUCAAAAACUUACUCAUGAAGACGAAAAUGACGACCAAGACCAGGCUCGCACAGAACGUAAUCUCAAACUCUCACGAACCAUCUCGCCAACCUUUGUCGUCGCCUAUCAACCUCAACUGACACAACCUGUCUGGGACACGGUGGAAAAGGAUGGACACCUCGAACUGUUGCCCCCGGAGAUCACGAUUGAUGUCAGGCGAGGUGGCGACGCUGUCGACGUUGGCGAUGCAUGGUUCAUCACUGUAUACUACUACAUCUCCUUGUCGUUGUUGGGAAUUUUGGUGCUGGCUUACUCUCUGGUUUUCACGUCAAUCAGUCUUAAUAGCAUUUCUUAG